UGUUAUUGUCUGGAUAAAGAAGAGGAGGAACCAUGAGACGCCUCAGGACUCAUGCUGCAUUUAGUUACACUGCUACAGAACGCUGUCACUAAACAUCCACAAACUGACCCAUAAGGAUCAUUAAUGAGCAGUAUUGGUCAUUAAUGCUUAAUAAUGAAAGGUCAAGGUUAAACCUUUCUGUGUGUCAGACAUUAACAGUAGCUCCUCACGGGCUCACGCCCACUCAAACACUUUAAGCUGUUGAAUAUGUUAAAGGCUUAAUGUUUUCAGGUUCUUACAGUUUGGAACAUUUGCUUUAAGCUGUUUGUCUAGUUUUAAUGUUGACACAGUGAGCAGAGAAUACGACAGAGCGACACCAACAGAAGCCAGAAAACUCUUAACACACUCUAAAGGUUUAGUUCACCUCCAACAACUAGUUCAUCUCUGCAUUCUUUUCUAAUCCUGCUUUCAUGUAUUUUAUGUCUAAGCUUACACUGCUUCCUGUCGGCUUCAGGCUAUUAAUAAGUUGGACUCCUCCUCACUCCAAAGGUCGUCCUGCAUGAUCGCUACGGUAGACGACAAAAAGAUCCAGCACCAUACAAGCAGGAAUGGAGGUAAAGGACAAGGACGAGGCUUCUUCAGCGGUCAGGAAGCAGCAGAAGACUUCCAAAGACGUGUUCUUCUCCAUACUGCCCGACAAAUACGAACCCCUGAUCGAAGAGGUGGAGGAGGACAGAGAGGAGACUGCAGAGCAGAAGAGAAAGCGGAAAGAAGAGAAGAAGAGGAGGAAAAAGAAAAAGUACAAAAAGUACAGAAAGAACAUAGGGAAGGCGUUGCGCUUCAGCUGGCGCUGUCUGCUGACCGGUCUGCAGAGCAUGGCUUCCACCUACUCUUCCCCCAUGUCAGCCAUGGCUGUGGUGGUGACAGCAGGGGGUCAAGCAGCUGGAAGCAACACAUGAGAUGAAGGAGGCUCCCGGAGCAAGACAACGUUCAGACAAGUUGAACGAUUCAUUCAUAGAGCUGAAUGAGGCUGCAACUAGCCAACACGGUCUGACUAAAACAUGAACUUUAUAUGUUUUAAUAGAAAAAUAGACCAUGUAUAACACAUUCUGACUGUGUUCUCCAUCUUUUUUAACAAUUAUUAAUACUACACCAUUACUGUGAAUUUUUACUAUACAUACUAUGUGGUUUGUGUUAAACAGCAAAACUGCCCAUAUGUAAAUUAUGUCAUUGAUCCUUGUGCUUUCCUUCCUUUGUGCCUGUUUUCCUUGUCUUACUAACUAUUGUACAUUCUCUUCAAGGACUUUAGAAAAUGACUUUUGUCUUCCUAAAGUCAGACAUUUGUGUAACUGCUUUGAUAACCCUGCAGCUACUGCAGGAGGUACUGGAGCACAAACCAGGUGCAAGCCAAGUGUAAACUUUGAAUUUGGUUGUGUAAAUUUGUUUGUUUGUUGGUUGGUUUAUUUGUUCUACACAGGAACCAUCGGCACUGUUUACUGUGGUUGGGGAAAUGUCACAUGUGUCACCUGCUCACAAGGUUCAGUUUGGACACACCAUGUGGACGUCAUUGUCCUUUGCAUCCACACCCUUAGAUGAAUUCUUCUUCUUCUUCUUCUUCUUCUUCUUCUUCUUCUUCUUCUUCUUCUUCUUCUUCUUCUUCUUCUUCUUCUUCUUCUUCUUCUUCUUCUUCUUCUUCUUCUUCUUCUUAUUAUUAUUAUUAUUAUUAUUAUUAUUAUUAUUAUUAUUAUUAUUAUUAUUACUAUUAUUAAAUGUGCUUUUCAUCAUCGUCGAAUAUGAGUAUGAUGAUGUGACCUCUGACAGCAGGAAGCUGUCUGUACAACUGUUCUGUAUGUUGUAUUUGACUAAACAUAUUAAACACAAAUGUUUAC